AUGGAUUUCCUAGUUGCCACAAUGCUGGAGAAUCAGACAAAGAUAGAUGAAUUCAUUCUACUUGGAUUUCAUGAAUUCUAUGAAUUUCAAACAUUGUUUUUUCUGAGUUUCCUAGUAAUUUACAUUGUAACCAUGAUUGGAAAUGUUCUCAUUGUUAUGCUAGUCAUCUUUGAUGAACAUCUUAAAGUACCUAUGUAUUUCUUCCUAGGAAACCUUUCUUUUCUUGAAAUUUGUUAUAGUUCUAAUAUAUUCCCAAGGAUGCUUUCAGCUCUCCUAACUGGAAAUGGAAUAAUUUCUUUCAGCAAUUGUUUUAUGCAGUGGUAUCUGUGUAGUUCCUUGGUAGCUACAGAAUGCUGCUUACUGUGUGUGAUGUCUUAUGACAGAUAUCUAGCAAUCUGUAAACCACUGCAUUAUUUGACUACCAUGAAUUCUCAGACUUGUAUUUAUUUAGCUGCUUCAUCGUGGAUCAAUGGAUUUGCUGUAUUUUCAAUAUUGCUCAUUUUGAUAUUACAGCAAUUGAAGUUUUGCAGAUCUAAUGAAAUAAAUCAUUAUUUCUGUGACUAUUUUGCCCUUCUAAGCAUUUCCUGUAGUCCAACUUGGUUAUUGGAAAUUAUGAGUUAUAUUGUAGCUGCUGUCUUCACACUUCCUCCUUUUCUCUUAACACUAUUAUCCUAUGUAUAUAUUAUAGGCGCUGUCUUAAAAAUCCCCUCUGUCACUGGAAGGCAGAAAGCCUUUUCCACCUGCUCUUCACAUCUGGUUGUGGUUUCUAUUUUCUAUGGAUCUCUCAUGAUUGCUUACAUGCUGCCAAGAAUUGAAAAAGCAGAUGUGCCAAAAUUUUCUUCUUUGUUAUACAUAGCUUUGCCUCCACUAGCAAACCCAUUUAUAUAUAGUCUAAGAAAUAAGGAGGUCAAAGAGGCCCUAAGAAAAAAAAUUGGUAGACUGAUACUGUACAAACCAACCUGCAUUUAG